AUGGUAAAGGAAAAGAGUAUACCACUGUUGACUGAAGCUCCAGAUUCCUUGGCUUUGUCUCCAGGAGAAACAGCCACCCUCACCUGCAAGGCCAAUCAGAGCAUUCGCAACUCUUUAGCUUGGUAUCAGCAGAAAUCUGGGCAGGCGCCCAGGUUCCUCAUCUAUGGUGCAUUUACCAGGGCCACUGGCAUCCCAGCCUGGUUCACUGGCAGUGGGUCAGGGACAGAUUUUACUCUCACCAUCAGCAGCCUAGAAGAUAUUGCAGUUUAUCACUGCUACCAAUAUAGUGCCAGAUGUGACAUCCAGAUGACCCAGUCUCCAUCCUCACAUUUGGCAUCCAUAGGAAACACUGUUCACUUCACUUGUCAGGACUCUGCCUGGAAUAAUAAGAAGCACCUAACUCUGAGCAUGCUACCAAGGUCCAGGUUUGAACCUGAAAUAAACUUCUCUUGUAAUUGCAGCAGACUCGUUUUUCUGGUGGUCCUUGGGGAAACUGAGAUCUGGGUACAACAUUUGGGGGCUCAUCCGGGAUCUCCAAGGACUCCCCAGAACUUGCUCCGGAGAAGACUUGCCGGCUCUUUUAUAACCUGGCCCCCUGAUCACAACUGCCUCGGGGUCACUGACGAAUUGUUCUCCAGUCAUCUAGAUCUGCAGAUAGACCCACUGACUGAAGCUGAUUUCGUCCUGCUCAAGGAUAGGAGCAACUUCAUGAAAAAUGGGGACAUGCAGAACCUACGAUCCAUUCUUGUUGGGGUUCCAGUCCUUCUUCGUGAACAUCAGAGAGUGAUGGGUGAACCCAGAGACUGCACAUUGUCUAAGGAGCCUCUAUCCCCAAAGAUCUUGCUUACAUUGUGCCCCCACCCAGACCUUCUCCCUGGGAGCAAAGAUAAUUAGGCUAGAUGACACAACCUUAGUUUCACGUUAUUGUGCUGGAUGCUUGGUGGGAUCCAUAUUAGCUGGUUUCCCAUACAUUCAUUGGGAUACUUUUUGGUCCAUUUGUUCUGUCACACCCCCACUGUGCCAUGGCAAUUUACUCCACUGGAUUAUGGCCUCUUCCAAUGGCUAUAUUGGAUUGUUAUAUUUUUAGAGUCACUAGAGCCUUCAUAUCACUUGAGACCUGAAGUUCGAUGGCUAUAUGCUCCCAAAUUGAAAGUUGAUAAGCCUAGGCUAUUAACAAAUCCACAACCAGCUUGUAAAUGUAUUCAUAAUGUUUUGUUCCUCUCACUAGCCCAAGGUCAUUACAGGAUUUGGCCAUUAAAGUUUUAUUACAACCUGCUAGGGGUAAAAUAAAAUUAGAACUACUGGCUCAAGACUACCAUCACUGGCAUAAAAAAUGCUGAACCUGACCAAGGACCUAUGCCCAUAAGCUUAAAGAAUAAUGUUUCUUUCUAGGAUUCUCAUUGCCCCAGUUCAGCAGGAAGCAGUUUCUGAGGAUGACACCCAUAAUCCCCAAGAUUGGGCAUUAAUAGUUGCUUGAGAAGGGGGAAAUGAAGAGCCAAAGUUACUCCACUUUGAGCUAUAAAGCCAUCCGGUGUCAGACUUGCCCCCCCCAUGGGCUCAGGCAGCAGAAAUUUGUUUAGCUUACUUAGUUGAAAUAAAAGCAGAACCAAGUGGGUGAGGAAGGCCAUUCCAACCUUGAAAAGAAGGAGAAAAAAAUAGGACAGUCUGUGCAGAUAACCACCACCCACAGGAGAUGAGCCAAACUCCCUAACCUUCACCAAACUCCCCAUCCCCUAGACUCAAUGUUUCUUCCCGCUUUUGCUAACACCCCAGCAAUAUCCAAUAGAAUAGACAGGAUUUCAA